AGAAUGCACCAUUUUAGGCCUUGAAUGUGUAGGGUGUGUCUCAAAUGUAAGAGAUCGCUAACUUUCUGGUCAUCAGUUCUUCCAAAAGCUAAUGAGAUGGUGUUAACUUGCUUAGUAAGUGAGGAAAACUAGAGUCGGGGCUCUUAAGUUGCUUUCCUCCAGAUCAUACACCUAGCGAACCACGGCAAGAAUCCAAGUCUGGCAGAGCCUAAUUCUGAGCUGUGAUGGCAUUUCUAAUAGGAAAAGAGCAGUGUUUUGUGUGAUGAAACCACGUUCUUCCAAGUGUCUUCGAGAAUUUGAUUGCUCUGACUUGAGAUAACAGUUCUCCCUUAACAAUUUCCUGUUGGCAGUUUCCUGUUAUUAAUCAUGGAGAGUCUGGAGACACAUUUGAGGGGAUAUUUGUUGGGUACCUCUUAGCAGGUGGAGAGGUUGAAGUAUACGUUCUGUUCACUUAUUUUGACUUAACCAUGUUUUCUAGACAUUCCAGUGACAAAAGUCCAACCCCAAGGAGGUGGCACCAAGUGCUUUUCUUUGUGAAUGUGCAGGGGGUUUUGUUGGUUUUAUUUUUAAUCAAUAGUAUCUUGUAUUUCUAAAUGAAUGCCUUUGCACCAUUUCAGGGGAGCCCUUUGUACUUUGUGUUCCGAGCUGGAAGUGAAUCCUCUUGUCAUCACAGUAAUAUGACUGAAUGGGUAGAAGGGUCAGCUACUUGGUUAAUAGAACAGAGAAUUAUGGCAUCAGAUUGCUAAUUCUUUAAGCCAGGAGUCCAGCAUUUUGAUUGGACGUACUGAAACAAAGAUUAUACUGUGUACCGCUACAUAAAUAUAAAGUGUACAAAUCCAGGAAUUUGAUCCUUAAAUAAACAUUCCAAAGGGAGAAAGUGAUGGUUUGGACCUAGGGCCUGCUAAGAAUUGCCAGAAGGUAACAACAAAUCUUUUGUUAGGUCCUUGUGGCUUCAGGGGAACUGGAAAGGAGAAGUGGAGCUCUUCCCUCAUACCAGUCAGGAAGGCUGAAAUGUUGACUUCUUAGGCUUGAGGAGUAAAAUCAGCAACAGUUGCCUGGGAAGUGGAGGACCCCAAUGUCAUGUCAAGACCAAAGUACAACAGAAGUGACCCUUAGUUGGGGACUAACAGGAUGAAGUCCGUGCCUCUGUGUCGCUGCUUUCCACUGCCUCUUUGCUCCUGGAUUAACUUUUGUGUGGUACUCAAGACCAGCCCAUGGAAGAAUCAUAUGAGGAAGUGGUGAUUAAAGUCACAGAGCAGGAGUGGACAUGUUUGGGUUUCCAACAGCUACCCUGCUGGACUGUCAUGGAAGAUAUGCCCAGAAUGUAGCAUUUUUCACAUAUUGGUGCAUCUUACAUGACUUCCCUCUCGUUUUACCAGAUGUGAUGACAGAAGCCCACAAAUAUGAUCAUUCAGAGGCCACAGGAUCGUCAAGCUGGGAUUUCCAGAGUUCUUUCAGAAGAGAGAAGCUGGAACAAAAGUCCCCAGAUUCUAAGACACUACAGGAAGACUCCCCUGGAGUGAGACAAAAGGUCUAUGAUUGCCAGGAAUGUGGGAAGUCUUUCCGGCAAAAAGGUAGUCUAACAUUACAUGAGAGAAUCCACACUGGUCAGAAGCCUUUUGAGUGCACCCAGUGUGGAAAGAGCUUCAGGGCCAAAGGCAAUCUAGUUACACAUCAGCGAAUUCACACAGGAGAGAAGCCCUAUCAGUGCAAAGAGUGUGGGAAAAGCUUUAGUCAGCGAGGCAGUCUAGCUGUCCAUGAGAGACUCCACACUGGACAGAAACCCUAUGAAUGUGCCAUUUGCCAGAGAAGCUUCAGGAAUCAAAGUAACCUUGCUGUUCACCGAAGAGUUCACAGUGGUGAGAAGCCCUAUAGAUGUGACCAGUGUGGAAAAGCUUUCAGUCAGAAGGGGAGCUUAAUUGUCCACAUCAGAGUUCACACAGGUCUGAAGCCGUAUGCGUGUUCCCACUGCAGGAAGAGUUUCCACACCAGGGGGAAUUGUAUUCUGCAUGGAAAAAUCCACACAGGAGAAACACCCUAUCUCUGUGGCCAGUGUGGGAAAAGUUUCACUCAGAGAGGGAGCCUGGCUGUGCACCAGCGAAGCUGCUCACAAAGGCUUACCCUGUAACCACCCUCUUCAAAGGAAGUUCUUAGGAAUUAAGAAUACACCCUCUGUAAUCAAGAAAGUUAUCUAAUUCUAUAGGGUAAGUGGAAAUUCUUCCAGAAGGACCAGUAUUUGAUAGGACAAACUGACUUUUUCCCUUUCCCCCAAAUGAAUAUGAAAAAUAAAUGUCUUGUUUUAUCAUUAUCA